GAGCUUGAUUCAUUCAUCACACAGUGAGAGAAACAUACCCUCGUGUAGCUGAUCUCUACAUGUUACCGGCCAUUUUUUUUACUGACCAUGAACAGAAAUGCAUUAGGUUGACCGACACUGCUUCAUUUUAACUCCUCGACAGUUUGGUCAGUCAGCAGUGUUUAUGUGAAAGAGUGCUUUCCGGUGUUACCCGUUACACCGUUGACCCACUUUGUGCAUGUUCCAUUAUUAUUUUUAUUUAACUUUUGUUUAAACGGUUUUUUUUUUAUAUAUUAAAACAAAAUUCAAGGCAAACUCCUGAGAGAUGGGGUGCACAGCGAGCAGUGGCGAUAAAGCGGCUCAUGACAGAAGUAGGAUGAUCGACAAGAAUUUACGGGACGAUGGAGAAAAAGCCGCGCGAGAGGUCAAGCUGCUUCUUCUCGGUGCCGGUGAGUCUGGGAAGAGUACAAUUGUCAAACAAAUGAAAAUCAUCCAUCAGUCUGGUUACUCAGAAGAGGAGUGUCAUCAGUUGAGGGCCGUGGUGUACAGUAACACCACUCAGUCCUUGAUGAUCAUCGUCAGGGCCAUGGAGCGGCUGGAGAUCGAGUUUGCCGAUCCUGCUCGUGCUGACGAUGCAAGGCAGUUAUUUGCUCUGGCGAGCACAGCUGAUGAGGGCGACAUGAGCUCAGAGCUUGCCGGCAUCCUCAAGCGCCUGUGGGUGGAUGGAGGUGUGCAGACAUGCUUCGGUCGCUCCAGGGAGUACCAUCUCAAUGACUCGGCUUCAUACUACCUGAAUGACCUGGACAGGAUAUCGGUCCCUAAUUACAUCCCCACUCAACAGGAUGUCCUCAGGACCAGAGUGAAGACCACUGGUAUUGUUGAGACCCACUUCACCUUCAAGGAUCUUCACUUCAAGAUGUUUGAUGUGGGUGGUCAGAGAUCAGAGAGAAAGAAGUGGAUUCAUUGCUUCGAGGGGGUGACUGCCAUCAUUUUCUGUGCUUCUAUGAGUGACUAUGACUUGGUUCUGGCUGAGGAUGAGGAAAUGAACCGCAUGCACGAGAGCAUGAAGCUGUUUGACAGCAUCUGCAACAAUAAGUGGUUUGAGGACACGUCCAUCAUCCUCUUCCUCAAUAAGAAAGAUCUGUUUGAGGAGAAAGUCAAGAAAAGCCCUCUCACCAUUUGCUUUCCAGACUACCCUGGUGGGAACACGUACGACGAAGCCGCCGCCUAUAUCCAGAGUCAGUUUGAGGAUCUGAACCAGAAAAAGGAAACCAAGGAAAUCUACACCCACUUCACUUGCGCGACAGACACUAAGAACGUCCAGUUUGUCUUUGACGCCGUCACUGAUGUCAUCAUCAAGAACAACCUGAAGGACUGUGGGCUGUUCUAGAUCCGGCUGUUACAUUAGGUGACGAAACUAGACAGAGAGAAAAUAGCUGGAAGAAGUACGGCUGCAGCGAGGUCAACCACGAACACGGCAUAUCCGUUAUGUAAACAUUUUAUUUAUCUUCUCUAAACAUUUUUAUUGUUUCAGGGAGAAAAAAAAAAAUCUUUAUGUAAAAUAUUUGUACAACUGUAAUUGUCGCUGGAACUGUUUUUAAAAAAUAAUUUAUAGUUGCUUUCCGAAGGGUUAUGUUUUUGUUUUUUUUCACGCUGAAGGUUUUUGGGAACAUCUUAUAUCCUCUGCUCUUAAUUUUGUCAUCUAAGCUGCUCGAAUAUGGAUGUAGGCAUUGAUAUGUAAUCAUGUAACAUUAGUAGCACUCUUUUCCGGGAGUGACCAUGAUGAUGUUGAUGUUGACGAAUAUGACGAUGAUGACAGAGAGCGUAUAUGAAUAGUUGACAAAACACUCCCGUGGUGUACAUGUAAAACCUGCCUGAAUUAUAAGAUUAGUCUAGAGAAACUCUGCUGUGUGCAAACAUAAUAGAUGGAUGGGAUUUCCCAGAACACCUCAGACUACACAGAAUUGGCAUCCGUCACGUCCGAUUAGCCUGUAGGUUGAUUACGAAGAUGCACCAAGUGACAAUAGAGGGACUGAAGAGAAAAUGAGGAAUGGUUUCAGGAAGAACUGUGAUAACUUUGAAUAACAUUGUGUAUGAAGAUGAAGACGUGGACAUGUGACAUUUUGCGCACAGGAGACCUUUUUAAAUGGACCAAAGCAUUUCGACUAUGUUAAAUCAUGUCUGUAGCAUAUAAGUACACCUUUGGACUUCUCAUCCAAGUGCAUUGCACAUAUUCUACUGCCUGUUAUAUUUGCUAGAAAACAUGAGUGAAGAAUGUGGUACAGUAGACAUUUUCCUCAUAUUAUUUAUAACAAAAAUUUAAAUGCUUUAUGCACCUCACUUUAUGUCCCUCACUGUCUCUGUUCUCAUUGGUGGGGCUGACCAAUUUCCACUAUUUUGCUAAUAAAAUGUGCUGUGAUAAACUCACGGCAUUUUGAAAUAGAUGUUUUUUUGUCUUUCAGA